UUUUCACACUCGCGGCCUCCUUUCCCUCUCCCUCAGUCCCUCUCCUUCUUUCUUUGCUCUCAUCUGCCAUCUCUUCCUCAUCGAACAAAACAAAUUAUGGAGCUUAGAUUCUUUAGCUCUAAGCAAAAAAAAAUUCACUCACCACGGAUGGGUAAUUUUCUCUCCUUUUGAUCUGUCUAUGGCUUUUUCAUUGUGCUUUUUCCAAAACAGAAGAUUUGGGAAAUUUAUCAGAGCUGACAGUCUCAUCUCUUUCUCUCCUUCCCUUUAAUUCCAGUGAUUCAAAAUUUUGUUGUGUGUGUGUGACUGUAAAUUCGAUAUAGGGAUUUGGGAAGGAGUUGUUGGAGAAGGAGGUGACGAAGGCUGCAGAGCCGCUGCCAUCUCGCACACUAACCCCAUGAACCCAAGACACCCAUUUCUCCAGAAUGCACUCAACUUCUUCUUCACCAAUCGUUCGCUGCCACUUUAGGGCUCGCUGUCCCUUAACGACACUCCGGCCUCCGUCGUUGAUUCCAAGAGCGGUGUGUUGUUUCCGUCGGUCCUGGCCGGGACUCGGCGACUUCUGGGAAUUGGGUUGAGGAGAAAACUCAUGCUGGGUUUGUAGAACAUCGAUUUGUAUUCAUAUGGUAUCAUAUUUCUCAAUCACCAUCGCUUUCGGCCUCCCUCCGACCCUCCGACUCACCAUCGCUCUCACCCUCAAUCACUAUCGCUCUCAGCCUCCCUCCGACUCACCAUCGCUCUCACCCUCAAUCACCAUCGCUCUCGGCCUCCCUCUGACUCACCAUCGCUCUCACCCUCAAAUUAGUUGGUUUGAUAACGUUCACUCCUCCAAAUUAGUUGGUUCGGUGAUUGAUCAAAUUGAUAGAGUUUGGUUCUUUUUUGGUGUUUGUUCUUCUUUAAAUUGAGAUUUUGAGUGGAUAUGUGCAUAUUUUGGUCCGUCUAACCAUCGUCGCUGCGAAAUUUGUGGGUGUUGGAUUGGUUUUCGGGUGCAGCUUCUGGGAUUUCUUUACUCCUUCGGUUCUUCAGCUCAGGAUUUCUUUCCCCAAAAGGUAUACAUUGAAGGGCUUGUGGAUUGUUGUUGAUUACACAGCUCAAGAAAUGGACAUCUGCUUCCUCUCAAAAUCCCGAACAAAGAAAACCAGUUUUGUAAGAAUCUUUGUGUGGCUGAAUAGUUAAGGUGUGGCUGGAAUCGCAAUUUAUAGUUAUAUUGUUGGCCUAUGGCUUUGUUUCCAAGUGUUCCUAGUUCGUUUUUCUCCUGCAGAUUUCAGAGCUCAGAGAAAUGGAUUUGCAAACAGGAUUUUUUACUUUAAAACAGAUAAAAGCUGCGACAAAAAACUUUGAUGCAGCAAACAAACUUGGGGAGGGUGGUUUUUGUUCAGUCUACAAGGGUCUUUUAGCAGAUGGCACAGUAAUUGCAGUGAAGCAGCUCUCCUCAAAAUCAAAGCAAGGAAAUCGAGAAUUUAUAAAUGAGAUAGGCAUGAUUUCUGCCUUGCAACAUCCAAACCUUGUGAAGCUGUAUGGAUGUUGUGUUGAAGGAAACCAGAUGUUGUUAAUUUACGAGUACAUGGAGAAUAACUGUGUAUCACGUGCUCUUUUCGCGAGAGACCCUACUUGCAGAUUGAAAUUGGACUGGCCUACUAGGAAGAACAUUUGCCUAGGUAUUGCUAGAGGUUUGGCCUAUCUACAUGAAGAAUCCAGAAUAAGAAUAGUGCAUCGCGAUAUCAAGACGAGCAAUGUGUUGCUUGAUAAGAAUUUCAAUGCUAAAAUCUCUGAUUUUGGCUUGGCAAAGCUUAAUGAGGAUGGCAACACCCACAUUAGCACUCGGAUUGCUGGAACCAUUGGUUAUAUGGCUCCUGAGUAUGCCAUGCGUGGCUACUUAACUGCAAAAGCAGAUGUUUAUAGCUUUGGAGUUGUGGCACUAGAAAUUGUUAGCGGAAAGAGCAAUACAAACUAUAGGCCAAAGGAGGAAUUCGUCUACCUUCUUGAUUGGGCUUAUGUUCUGCAAGAGAGGGGGAGUCUAUUGGAGUCGGUUGAUCCAGCCUUGGGUUCAGAAUAUUCGUCAGAGGAGACAAUGGUGAUGCUAAAUGUUGCUCUCUUAUGCUCCAAUGCCUCUCCAACUCUAAGGCCUAAAAUCUUAGCUCACUUUCAUUAUAUUGAACAUUUGAUUAUGUAUAUGAGUUACAAGUCAUUAUCACACAUGCCUGUCAUUGUUUUGUGCUUUUGUACAUUUGAACUGAUGCUCAUGAUUAGGUUUGUGUACAUGAGACAAUGGUGGAUUAGGUUUAUAUUGAACAUUUGAACUGAUGCUCAUGAUUAGGUUUGUGUACAUGAGACAAUGGUGGAUUAGUGAAAUUUCAAUGAAGGAUUUUGGAUGCGUAUUUUAUGGUUU